AUGGCGGAGAUUCGUCGAAAGCUCGUCAUUGUCGGUGAUGGUGCCUGCGGAAAGACCUGUCUGCUCAUUGUCUUCUCCAAGGGAACUUUCCCUGAAGUAUACGUCCCCACUGUCUUCGAAAACUAUGUCGCCGACGUCGAGGUCGAUGGAAAACACGUUGAGCUUGCCCUUUGGGAUACCGCGGGCCAGGAAGAUUACGACCGUCUCCGACCGCUUUCCUACCCCGACUCCCACGUUAUCCUGAUUUGCUUCGCCAUCGACUCCCCCGACUCGCUUGACAACGUUCAGGAGAAGUGGAUCUCCGAGGUUCUGCACUUCUGCCAGGGCCUCCCUAUCAUCCUCGUUGGUUGCAAGAAGGAUCUCCGUUACGACCAAAAGACUAUCGACGAGUUACUCAAGACCUCCCAGAAGCCCGUCGCUCCCGAACAGGCCGAGGAUGUCCGUAAGAAGAUUGGUGCCCAGAAGUACCUUGAGUGCUCCGCAAAGACGAACGAGGGUGUCCGAGAGGUGUUCGAACACGCAACCAGGGCCGCCCUGCUUACCCGGAAAGACGGAAAGAGCAAGAAGAAGUGCUUGAUCUUGUAA